AUGAAUUAUAACAUUGAAAUUUCAAAAAAUACUCCAACCAAAAGAAAUGGUAACACACAAAACCAUCCCACUAACGAUGCCAUUGACAAAAAAUGUCUCACAUUGGCAAAAGCCAUAAACCAACUUAUCAGAGACAGAAAUAUUUUAGUUAAGAUUGCUAAACGACAUGAAAGUGUUGCCACUCAAUUUGAGGCAAUGAUUGCACGGCACCAAACAAUAGAAAAUGAAAAAAUUAAUUUUCUUCAAAACCAAAUACAUGGAAUAAACAAACAGCUCCAAUCAAUUCAAGUUAUGUUAGGAGAAUUAAAUAAGACUAAUAAAGAAGUAACUCCAAAUGCAACAAUAAUACUUAAACAGUGUGGGAUAUCAUCUCCAUUGUAUGCAGGGAGAAAUGUGAAUGAUUUAUCAACAAUUAAACAAUAUGUUUAUCAUGACUUGACUAAAUGUGUUGCACGACUUCAUGUUUGUUUUAAAAAAGAAUGA